AUGUUCCCUUCAGGCGGUGGCAGCGGUGGAGGCACUAAUCCUUGGGGAAAGAACCUUAGCCUUCGGAGAAAGCCUGCGGUUCUAGCAAUCAGGCUAUCAAGAGAGCUGCAAAGGCGACCUCUUCUUGCAAAAUGUGUGCCAACAGCUGUCGGCUUUGCCUUCGGCGACUGCUUAACCCAGUUCAUGAAUCGUGACCGGUCGCGCACGCUUCGGGAACAGUGGUCUUUCAGCCGAACAGGAAGCAUGCUCUGCAUCGGAGCUUUAUGCGCCGGGCCUAUACUGCUUUCCUUUAACCGUUGGAUGGAUCUUGCUGUCAUGCCUUCUGCCGGUUCUAGCCCAGUGGCAGUCGCAGUCAAGUUUCUAUUGGAUCAGGUGGUUGGGUGUUUCAUCUGGCAAGCUGCCUACCUGAGCAUCAAUCCGUCCUACCGACAGUCAGCAAUCGCUUUAUUGGAGUCGUCUUCGAUGCAGAUAGAAGAGCACCGCCGAGGCCUACAACGGCACGCGCAGCAUGCGCUUGCAUGAACGGCCGCGGCGCCAGUGUCAUCUGAAGUUUUUUUGGCAAACGCGGCAGCACAUUACCUAGUCGCUGGCUUAUGGGAUGUUGCAGAUUUGUUUAGUCUCUAACAGGGGGCUGAUGCCUCCUGUUCUGAAGUGCCUUUGCCGCACUUUCGGAAGCCUGUGUAACACUACGAAGACGCGGUUGGGCCAUUGCAACGCAUUUGGGCGGAACCCUAGCGUCGUUAAGGCCGGCUGUAAUUCUCUUGUCGCCACGCUGUUUCAGCAUUUGUAAGUAUUUGGUGGUGUGGUGCUGUCGACAUGGAGAGACGUGGUGACGCAAUGGUCAGUUGGCGAGGUGUAUCGGCCAUCUACCUUGGUGCCGACAUUGGUGGUAGUGUGGCUCCAUGUGGCUGCAUCUAUAUUUACCUACAAGGUGCACCGUCGGUUGAGCUUUCAGUGAGUGAGAAGAGAUAUAGAGUAUAGAGGAGCGGCGUGGAAUUUUGAGGGAAAGCGGUAUGCUUGCCUUUCAUGGCCGUCUCAGUAGGCAAGGAUGCCUUGCCUGAAUCGUGUUGCAGGCCAGGCUAAGGUCGGGAUGGCGGUGCCCUGACGGCGGGUAGUGAUUACAGGAACACGGC